AGGCAGUAGAGAAAACUAUCCCAUGGAUCAAAUCUUUGGAGUGUCAAACUGGUAGAAACAUGCAACGUGCUUUAGCUGUUGCAUUAGAUGAUCCAGCCACAGAUGCAGUUUGCCUGAUUACAGAUGGGAUACCUGACAUCAACCCGCAAGAAAUCUACACUAUGUUGACAUAUGCAGCAAAAGCUCGACCGGUACACACUCUAUAUGUGAUGGGACGUCACAGCAGAUCUGAGGCUCAUGAGUUCUUGGAAAAGAUAGCAUGGCAGACUGGUGCUUCCUUUCAAACAGCAAGACUCAACAGAAGUGAUUCAACAGAACAACUUAUUCCAGUCUACCAAUUCAACUAUUCUGACCCAAUGAUGAUAAACUCUACAGAACCAAAUUGCUGCAACUUGGUUGCUACAUUGAGUGGAGAUCCCUACAGCCCAAUCGGGCCAUUACAUGUGGCUGUGCCUUUCAGGCCUCUUCUAUGUAGCUGGAGUACAUUGCAUCCUUGUGAUGUGAAGGUUAAUACAAAAGGAGAUUUAAUUGAUUCCUAUGCGGGAGAGCUGAUAAGGGGAGCUCGUGUUUUGGCUCGAAGGGAAAGUGAUGGAUAUUAUUACCUGGGAAGACUUGCCCAAGAAGUUAAGGGAUUUCCAAGUCGAUUCUUGGUGCAGUUCGACAAAGAUAAGAAAAUAAAGCGAAAGGCCUACUGUUGCAUGCAUGAAACUGCCCUUUAUGAUAUCAUACACUAUGAAGAUGCUCGAAGACACGCCAUUGGACCUGGAUGCAAAGUCUUGGCACCAUGGGAGAUUGGCAUGAACUGUUAUGGCCCAGGAACAGUGUUACAAGGAAGGGAGGAACGGGGAUUAAAUUCAGAUCAUGUAUGCAGAGAAGUUUUAAUAGUGAAUUUCUGGAAUGGCAGAACAGAGAAAAUUCAUCCUGGAAUAGCUGUAUGGAUCCCUGUGCUCCAGAGUCAGCGAAUCAUUUUGGAACUCCAGAUGACCACCACAGCUAAACAGAAACUUCUAGAAACUUACCCUGAUUAUCCACAGAUUGUGCCACCCGGGUACCCAGGAUUACAGAGUAGUGUGGAGCCUAUGCAUCAUUUCAGGGGCCUUUUUGAUUGCCAAGGCAUUCAUUCUGAUUGCAGUCAAGCAGUGUGCUGGAUCCCUGAUAACCCACCAUGUUCAUUGAGCCCUGAUGGAAUAUCUCCUGUCAUGUCUGUUGCCUCUAGAAGUGGACUCAAAGAUGAAAAGGUCCCUGCGAUUGACCUGACGAGAAGGAAUCUGAAUCAGAAAGUAACAGAACAACUCGCUCAACAUGAUCUACCUGUUCAGUCAAAAUCACUAAUGAUGAAAAAGAAAGGUUUAAAUGUAGUAUUUGAUGGGAUGGGAAGCAAGACUUCCCCUGGCAGGACCACUGACAAGACAACUUUAAGGUGUAAAUCUGCUAACCUGAUUGACAUUAACUGGAGUGAGCCUACAACUGGAGGUAGAGCCUUACAUGCUGACUGUGGACUGUUUAAUCUUCAUCAAGGCAAAAAAGACAAAGUGAAAGAAAAGGAUAUGUGGACAUCUGGGAAAAGGAUCCCCUCAGUUCCUCUUCAGAAGAAAUCUGCAACUGCCUGAUGGACAAACUUCAAUCAUGAAGCAAAUGGAGAAAUGGCAAAUUGGUGAACAGAAGAUGACGGGCAGGAGUAGGAAAAGCAUUUGCUAAGAACAGAUUAUGAGCGACAAUGCAAAGGUUGCAGCUUACCUUCUGAACAAGCUGUAAUGAGAUUUCUGCUAUUUUGCCACUCUAUAAAAUAUCAAUAUCUCUUUGAAGUUCUGCACUAUCUCCUCAAAUUUUACAAUUUUCCCAAGUUUUGUGUCAUCCACAAGCUUUUAAAAUUGUCUCCUGCACAUCAAAAUUGUUGAUAUAUUUACAUUUAUAUCUACUAGGAAGAGUAGGGAGGCUCAAUGCUGAUCGAACUUCCAGCCCCAAACAUACUCAUUAGUCAUUACUCUCAGAUUCCAAUCUAUCAAUCAAGUUUGUAUUCACAUCACUGCUGACCCUUUUAUUCCAUGACAUAUAACUUACCUCAUAGAUUUGUUGUGCAGCAUAACAUAGAAAACCUUUCGGAAGUCCAUGUACAUUGCAUAAUUAGUUUCCAUUUCAUUAAUCUUCUCUGUUACCUCUUCAAAAAACAUCAGCUUCAUUUUCCCUUCGACAUCCAUACUAACUCUUUCAAAUCAAUUCAUAUUUUUUUCAUUUGCUUGUUUACUCUAACUGCAAUAACUUUUUAUGUGUUUGUUGGGCCAUCAUUUAUUACCCAUUUCUAACUGGUCAUGAGAAAGUGUUGGUGAGCUGCCUUCUUGAAGCUCUGCAGUCCAUUUGCUGUAGCUAGAUCCACAAUACCAUCCGAGGGAGUUCCCAGAUUUUGAACCAGCGGCACUGAAGGAAUAGCAGUAUAUUUCCAAGUCUGGAUGUUGAGUGGUUUGGAGAAGAUCUUGCAG